AUGGAAAAUAGUUUUCCACAAAUAUGGAAAAUAAUAGAUAUUCCCCACUGUGGUCAAAUGAAAAAAUUUAUAUUUCAAGAAAUACCAGAACAUUAUUAUGAUGAAAUUAUUAAUAAAUAUGCACAUGAAUUUUUUUCUGAAGAAAUUAUAUACCGUACUUGUAAUUUCUUGAAUGAUCCAGUAUCUUUAUUAGAUAUGGAAAAUAAAUAUAGAAAAUAUUUAGCUCAAAAAAUGUCAAUUGGCGUAUUUGAAUAUAUAGAAAACGAUGAAAAUAAAUUAGUAGGUCUUAAUUUAUUAUUUCGCAUGAAUAAUAAAUCAAUGAAUUCUAUGCAAUCAAUCUCAACUUACUACGAACAAAUUAAUAACUACCUACAAACUGUUUUCAAGAGUUAUGCUGAACAAUUAAUUGGCAAUAAAGAUUAUCUGGCAUCAGAUAUGUUAUUUGUUCGUAAAGAUUACCGCAACAUUGGCUUAGCUCUACAGCUGUUGGAAUUAAGAAAUUAUGUUGGAAAAAAAUAUAAUUUGAAAUAUACAAUCAGUCUUUUUACUAGUAACACUGCUCAAAAAUUAGCUGAAAAAGUUGGUUUUACAGGAAAUCGUGUAUAUAAUUGUAAUGAUGCAGUAGACAAUGAAAAAAAUUUUCUAUUUCCUUUGUUAAAAGAUAAAAGUGGAACGUGUAUGAUUAAAUAUAUUUCAUAA